AUGCAUGAGGUCCAGGAUAUUAUGCUCAGGUAUCCGCUCAAACUGCCUAAAACCCAUGAUCUACCCUGUGAAGAGGCUGUUGAGAAGCCGGCAAUCACAACUCGUCUGCAAAGCCACAAACAGUCAAUCACGGAGUUGACUCAAUGUUGCGAGUUACGUCCAAGAGAGCUAAAGAGUCGUCUGCUCGAGCAAAGAUUCCUUAAGUUGCGCAAACUGCCGAUCCAGGAGUUGGUGAUAGCUCCGCUGGUCAAGUUCGACACUCAUGUUGAAGCCACGGAGGCAUCCAAGCAUGAGAUUGUUGCUAAUGCGUACAAGCUGGGAUACUUGGAUUGCAGGAAUAGUGCUUCUCCUUGUUGCCCUCUCGAACACGAAGACGAAGCAGUUGAAGAGAAGAUAGCAGAAUUGAGCUUCUGUCAACUCUGCACCCUCUGCAUACUAUGUGAUUCCAUUCUCCACUACGCCCCAAUAUUCCUUGGACGUCAAAAAGUUUUCCAUCAACAUGCUCUGGUGGUCAUAAUGGCCAUCGAAGCGUGGAAUCGCUGGUUGCACGAAGCUACUUCCUUCUCCUACCAUUAA